AUGAAUACUCCCAACCUCUGGAAGCCACCAGAAGUACAAUAUUGCUUUGACUUUGUUAACAAUUCCUGCCCUAGACAUGUGAGGCCUGCCAUUAGUGUUUGGGUCAUGUACAUGGUCAUGAUUAGUGCAAUAGUAAUGACAAUGCUUGGAAACUUGGUGGUCAUCAUCUCCAUCUCCCACUUCAAGCAGCUCCACUCUCCAACCAACUUCCUGAUCCUCUCCAUGGCAAUAACAGACUUUUUGAUGAGUUGUAUGGUGAUGCCCUUCAGCAUGAUCAGGUCCAUUGAAGCCUGCUGGUAUUUUGGAAGGUUUUUUUGUAGAGUACACAGCAGUUUUGACAUUAUGCUCAGUACAACUUCCAUUUUCCAUCUCUGUUUCAUCUCUGUGGACCGCUACUAUGCUGUGUGUAAGCCCUUACAUUAUGUCACCAAAAUCACCAUUCCAGUAAUCCAGGUCUUUUUGCUCAUCAGCUGGUUCAUCCCAAUCUUCUUUGCCUUUGGUCUUAUAUUUUCAGACUUAAACAUCAUUGGUAUUGAAGAGUUUGUGGCAACAAUUGACUGUGAGGGUCUAUGUGCACUAAUGUUUAACAAAUUCUGGGGGACAAUGUCAUCUUUCAUAUCUUUUUUCCUUCCUGGUACAGUAAUAGUGGGAGUUUACAUACACAUAUUUUCUGUAGCCAGAAAACAUGCCAAGCAGAUUGAUACUCUUCCUAAUUUGAAGCAGGUCCAAGGAAAAGUCAGAGAGAAAUCCUUGUCUAAGAACAAAAGCAAGGCCACCAAGACUUUGAGUAUAGUCAUGGGAGUGUUUAUUCUAUGUUGGCUGCCUUUCUUUAUUCUCAUCAUCACAGAUCCUUACAUUAAUUUCACAGUCCCCGAAGAUCUCUAUAAUGCCUUCAGUUGGCUGGGCUACUUCAAUUCCACCUUCAAUCCAAUAAUUUAUGGGAUGUUUUAUCCUUGGUUUCGUAAAGCAUUUAAGAUGAUUGUGACUGGAAUGAUCUUCCACCCAGACUCAUCUACCCUCAGUCUAUUCCCUGCACAUGCUUAG